CAAAUAAACUCCAGUCCCCCUCCAGGAUGCUAAUAAACAGCAUAUUUUUCAUCAAUCAUUCUGGAGACAUAUUUCUUGAGAAACAUUGGAGAUCUAUAGUAAGCAGAUCAGUUUGUGACCAGUUCUUUGAUGCCCAGACUAAGGCAGUCACACCUGAAGAUGUUCCCCCUAUCAUAACUGCAAACAAAAACUAUUUGAUUAGUAUUUACAGAGAGAAGAUUUAUCUGGUCGCAGUUACUCAAAUGGAAGUUCAACCAUUAUUUGUGAUAGAGUUUAUGCACAGAGUCAUGGACACUUUUACUGAAUACUUCGAUGAGUGCACAGAGAGCGCUAUUAAAGACAAUAUAAUUGUUGUUUACCAGCUACUAGAAGAAAUGCUGGAUAACGGGUUUCCCUUGGCUACAGAGCUAAAUAUUCUAACAGAGUUGAUAAAACCACCAACAAUCAUCAAUAAGGCUGUUUCAAUGGUCACCGGCAAAGAAGGCGUGAGCUCAGUAUUACCAGGCUCCCAACUCUCCAAUGUUCCCUGGAGAAGACAAGGAGUAAAGUAUGCUAACAACGAGGCUUACUUUGAUUGUAUAGAGGAUGUGGAUGCUAUUAUUGAUGCUAACGGCACUGUCGUUUCUGCUGAAAUUCAUGGAAAUAUAAACUGCAAUGUGCACUUGUCCGGUAUGCCAGAUCUCAGUAUGUCCUUCAUAAACCCCCGAUUACUGGACGAUGUCUCCUUCCACCCCUGUGUCAGGUUGAAACGCUGGGAGAACGAGAAGAUACUCUCUUUUGUUCCUCCUGACGGCUCCUUCGUUCUCAUGAGUUAUCAUAUCAGUACUCAAAAUCAAGUUGCGAUUCCAGUGUAUGUUAGAGCAAUGAUAAACUUUAAAGAUGGUCAAGGAAAAGUGGACAUUACUGUUGGACCCAAACAGACACUUGGAAAAACUGUAGAUAACGUAGUUAUAACAGUGCCGAUGCCGAAGGAUGUGACGGGCUGCUCCAUGACCACCUCUGUGGGCUCCUACACUUUUGACCCUAGCUCAAAACAGCUGAGAUGGGAUAUCGGAAAAAUACAACCUCUUAAAGUUCCUACCAUGAGGGGCACUUGUACAGCUCCAGCAGGCUCCCAAUGUAAAGACGCGCACCCAACAAUCCACGUGGACUUUAAGAUAAUGCAGUUAGCUGUGAGUGGACUGAAGGUGAACAGGUUGGAUAUGUUCAACGAGAAUUACAAGCCAUUUAAGGGGGUCAAGUACAUCACUAAAGCGGGCAACUUCCAAGUUAGAACCUAACGUUGCGUGUUUAGUAGUGAGUAACAGUGGCCAGUGCUGUAUGAUGUAUCGUAAAAGGUCACGUGAUAUGACGUCAUAUCACGUGUUUUAUGAAGCAAACUACAAGUUAUGACCUAUGGUGACAUGAACUGAAAUUUCUAAGACCGAACAAAUUUUGUUCCCAUCAACUAACUUGCUGACUGAUGCUAGUUUCUCUUAAAUGUUUCAACUUUUAAUCCUUUAAACACACGAGUUAAAUUAUUACGACGGCGAAUUCAGGAUACUUAAAUGCAAUGCGAUUCUUUAAUUGUCAUUAACCACUUUUAGCAGUCGAAGUUGUCAAGUCAUUUUAUUCUAGACGUAGAAUAUCGCUUUAAAACUUAGAAUGAAUAACUAACAGCAGAUAAAGUUUGCGCUUAAAGUAGCGAUCGAUGAUUUGGGGUGAUUGGACAGUCUGAUGAACUGUUAGCUUCGUAGAAUGACAUGAUUGAUAUUGGGAAUGGGGUACCGAUUUGAGGCUAGAUUGAAAUAUGGUUUUAAGUUUAAAUUGUUUUUGUGGGCAGUGGGAAUAAAACGAUUUUUUCGGCUUCUUUGAUAUCUCUAUCCUUGAAAUUGGAUAGUGGAUACAUCCUUGCGUUAAGGCUCUUACAAACGAUUUUAAAAUCACAAAUUAAGUUUGUCCUAUGUAAGUUGUGACUUUAAAAUACGAUUUUAGUUAUUCAAAUAUUUCGAUGCUGAAGUAUGAUUCCGUUUUGAUGUUACUGUGAUAAACAGUUAAAUUUGUGUCAAUAUUAUAUAAUUUAACAGCUACAUAAUGUAAUGAAAUUAGUCGAAAAUGUUUUAUAUUGUAUUGUUGAAUGACUUAGAUAUGAUUUAAAUUCAAUUCUAUCGUGAGAAAUAUUAAUGAACUUUAUUUUUGUUUCCUCAGCUGGUCUAGGAAUUUUUAUCGAAUUGUGUUUUUCUCGGCUGUUCACAUUUUAUAGUUCUGACUUUUGAUCUCAAAUUCGUCAAAACGACCCAUUGAUAAAUCGAAUUGUAUCCUCUUUG